GCUCAUUGGUUGACACGUUGUGCCAAUCAGAUGUUUACCCCCUCAAGUUGUUGCCUCCUAUCAUUUCUGCCCUGGGAGUAACUGGUCACUGUGCAGGGAUAAGGCGUCCCGUUGUGGAGGACCUGCUACCGAAUAAUGAGGAUAAACUGGUUGUGAGACAGUUCAAGCAUUACCCGUACGUCAAAUGAUGGAGGUGCAGGAGUCCUUGGGAAGGUGGGACAGGCUGGGCAGUCGGGACCUCGGCUCCAGGCUGGAAGCCAUGGAGAUCAUUUCCCAGGAGGUCGCGAGGAAAGUGGAGGCCAUCGGACCCCUCACAUCAUCGCCCCCGGCAACCUCGCUCGGCAGCGAUCUGAAUGACAUCUUGGCUCACCUUCUGAUGCUCUCCAAACGGUGUCCUUUCGAAGAUGUGAGAGAGAGGUCCAUCCAGCUCCUGCAGGAGGUCCAGGACUUAGGGGUUAGAAUCCCAAGACCUCUAGGCAACGGCCCAAGCAGAUUCAUCCCCGAAAAAGAGAUUCUUCAAGUCAGUAAAGUGGACUCCAGGACGCAGUCGAUAUUUGAGGAUGCGUUUGCAGCCCUCGGUCGCCUGGACAACAUCUCCCUGGUGAUGGGCUUCCACCCCCAGUACCUGGAGAGCUUCCUCCGGACGCAGCACUACCUGCUGCAGAUGGACGGACCUCUUCCUCUGCACUACAGACACUAUAUCGGCAUCAUGGCGGCGGCGAGACAUCAGUGUUCCUAUUUGGUCAACCUACACGUAAACGACUUCCUCCAGGUUGGCGGCGACGCUAAGUGGUUGAACGGUCUGGGCGAGGCGCCGCAAAAGCUGCAGCAGCUCGGAGAACUCAACAAAAUCCUGGCCCACCGUCCCUGGCUCAUCACCAAGGAGCACAUGGAGGCUCUCCUGAAGGCGGAGGAGCACAGCUGGUCCCUGGCGGAGCUGAUCCACGCCGUGGUUCUGCUCACGCACUAUCACUCCCUCGCCUCCUUCACCUUUGGCUGCGGCAUCACGCCGGAGAUCCACUGCGACGGCGGCCACACGUUCAGGCCGCCCUCGCUCAGCCAGUACUGCGUGUGCGACAUCGCCAACGGGAACGGCCACGCCAACCAGCACGACGAUCAGCUGUGCGACCAGGACAUGUGUGGGGAGGUGGAGGUGCUGAUGGAGAGGAUGAAGCAGCUGCAGGAGUGUCGCGACGACGAGGAGGCGAGCCAGGAGGAGAUGGCGACCCGCUUCGAGAGGGAGAAGACUGAGAGCAUGCUGGUGGUCACGUCCGAGGACGAGGAGUGCGUUCCGUCCAGGGACAUCUCCCGCCACUUUGAGGACCCCAGCUACGGCUACAAGGACUUCUCCAGGCGGGGGGAGCACGUGCCGACGUUCAGAGCGCAGGACUACAGCUGGGAGGACCACGGCUACUCACUCGUCAACAGACUCUACCCGGACGUCGGGCAGAUGCUGGACGAGAAGUUUCAGAUGGCCUACAAUCUGACGUACAACACCAUGGCAACGCACAAGGACGUGGACACCAGCAUGCUGCGCAGAGCCAUCUGGAACUACAUCCACUGCAUGUUCGGCAUCAGGUAUGACGACUACGAUUACGGCGAGAUAAACCAGCUUCUGGACCGCAGCUUUAAGAUCUAUAUUAAAACCAUGGUGUGCAGCCCUGAGAAGACCACCAAACGAAUGUAUGAGAGUUUUUGGAGGCAGUUUCAGCACUCCGAGAAGGUCCACGUUAAUCUGCUUCUUAUGGAAGCACGGAUGCAAGCCGAACUGUUAUACGCUCUGAGAGCGAUCACACGCUACAUGACAUGAAGUGCUUUUGCUGUUUUUUUUUUUAUUGUCCUUUUACUGUCGUUGUUGUAUACUGGGACACAAAGAAAAAAAAAACGACAGGAGGGGUGGGAGUUCAGAAAAAAAAAAUGUUGACUGGACAUUUAGGAGGAUCAGAACAAAAAUGGCAAGCAAGGAAAAAGAAAUAGAAGAUUUCUGCUGUGGAAACGUCAUCUCAAGACUACAAGCACACUCAGCGGCUCUGCCUGCAGUGCCAAAACUGACCAAGAGGUGGCAGCCUGGAGCGAACUCCCGUCCUGCUGAAGGGGUUUAAAUCCUGACAAUCCACCGGACACCCCAGGACUGCAUUUCAGUAUUCCGGCACGCCGCGUGCUGG